AGGGCGGGCGGUGGGGCCGUUGCCGCAGUGACAGUGCUGGGGGAGUCCGAAGAUGGCGGCGUCGCGUCGCUCUCAGCAUCAUCACCAUCAUCAUCAACAACAGCUCCAGCCCGCCCCAGGGGCUUCGGCGCCGCCGCCGCCACCUCCGCCCCCACUCAGUCCGGGCCUGGCCCCUGGGACCACCCCAGCCUCCCCUACGGUGGGUGGCCUGGCCCCCUUCGCCUCCCCGCGGCACGGCCUAACGCUGCCGGAGGGGGAUGGCAGUCGGGACCCGCCCGACAGGCCCCGAUCCCCGGACCCGGUUGACAGUACCAGCUGUUGCAGUACCACGAGCCCAGUCUGUACCGUCGCCGCCGCUCCCGUGGUCCCGGCUGUUUCUGCCUCAUCUGCCGCCGGGGUCGCUCCCAACCCAGCCGGCGGUGGCAGUAACAAUUCACCGUCGUCCUCUUCUUCCCCGACUUCUUCCUCAUCUUCCUCUCCAUCCUCCCCCGGAUCAAGCUUGGCGGAGAGCCCCGAGGCGGCCGGAGUUAGCACCACAGCAUUGGGACCUGGGGCAGCGGGGCCUGGGCCAGGGGUCCCAGCAGUGAGCGGGGCCCUCCGGGAACUGUUGGAGGCCUGUCGCAAUGGGGACGUAUCCCGGGUAAAGAGGCUGGUGGACGCGGCAAACGUGAAUGCUAAGGACAUGGCCGGACGGAAGUCCUCUCCCCUGCACUUCGCUGCUGGUUUUGGAAGGAAGGAUGUAGUAGAACACUUACUACAGAUGGGUGCUAAUGUCCAUGCUCGUGAUGAUGGCGGUCUUAUCCCUCUUCAUAAUGCCUGCUCUUUUGGCCAUGCUGAGGUUGUGAGUCUGUUACUGUGCCAAGGAGCUGAUCCAAAUGCCAGGGAUAACUGGAACUAUACCCCUCUGCAUGAAGCUGCUAUUAAGGGAAAGAUCGAUGUAUGUAUUGUGCUGCUGCAGCACGGAGCUGAUCCAAACAUUCGGAACACUGAUGGGAAAUCAGCCCUGGACCUGGCAGAUCCUUCAGCAAAAGCUGUCCUUACAGGUGAAUACAAGAAAGACGAACUCCUAGAAGCUGCUAGGAGUGGUAAUGAAGAAAAACUAAUGGCUUUACUGACUCCUCUAAAUGUGAAUUGCCAUGCAAGUGAUGGGCGAAAGUCAACUCCUUUACAUCUAGCAGCGGGCUACAACCGAGUUCGGAUCGUUCAGCUGCUUCUCCAGCAUGGCGCUGACGUGCACGCAAAAGACAAAGGUGGACUUGUGCCUCUUCAUAACGCAUGUUCAUAUGGACAUUAUGAAGUCACAGAAUUGCUACUAAAGCAUGGAGCUUGUGUUAACGCUAUGGAUCUCUGGCAGUUUACCCCACUCCACGAGGCUGCUUCCAAGAAUCGUGUCGAGGUCUGCUCUUUGCUGCUUAGCCAUGGUGCUGAUCCCACGUUAGUCAACUGCCAUGGCAAGAGUGCCGUGGACAUGGCCCCAACGCCGGAGCUCCGGGAGAGGUUGACUUAUGAAUUUAAAGGUCAUUCUUUACUACAAGCAGCCAGAGAAGCAGACCUAGCCAAAGUUAAAAAAACACUUGCUUUGGAAAUCAUUAAUUUCAAACAACCACAGUCUCAUGAAACUGCGCUGCACUGUGCUGUGGCCUCCCUGCAUCCCAAACGCAAACAAGUGACAGAAUUGUUACUUAGAAAAGGAGCAAAUGUUAAUGAAAAAAAUAAAGAUUUCAUGACUCCCCUGCACGUUGCAGCAGAAAGAGCCCACAAUGAUGUCAUGGAAGUUCUCCAUAAACAUGGAGCAAAGAUGAAUGCACUGGACACCCUUGGUCAGACUGCUUUGCAUAGAGCUGCCCUCGCUGGUCACCUACAGACCUGCCGCCUGCUGCUGAGUUACGGCUCUGAUCCAUCCAUCAUCUCCUUACAAGGCUUUACAGCAGCACAGAUGGGGAAUGAAGCAGUGCAGCAGAUUCUGAGUGAAAGUACACCUAUACGCACUUCUGAUGUUGACUACAGGCUCUUAGAAGCAUCUAAAGCUGGAGACUUGGAAACUGUGAAGCAACUUUGCAGCCCUCAGAAUGUGAAUUGCAGAGAUUUAGAGGGCCGGCAUUCCACACCCCUGCAUUUUGCGGCAGGCUAUAACCGCGUGUCUGUCGUGGAGUACCUCCUGCACCAUGGUGCCGAUGUCCACGCCAAAGACAAAGGUGGCUUGGUACCCCUUCAUAAUGCUUGUUCAUAUGGACACUAUGAAGUAGCUGAGCUCCUGGUCAGGCAUGGGGCUUCUGUCAACGUGGCGGACUUAUGGAAAUUUACCCCUCUACAUGAAGCAGCAGCUAAAGGAAAAUAUGAAAUCUGCAAGCUCCUUUUAAAACAUGGCGCAGAUCCUACUAAAAAGAACAGAGAUGGAAAUACACCUUUAGAUUUGGUAAAAGAAGGAGACACAGAUAUUCAGGACUUGCUGAGAGGAGAUGCUGCUUUGUUGGAUGCUGCCAAGAAAGGCUGCCUGGCAAGAGUGCAGAAGCUCUGUACCCCAGAGAAUAUCAAUUGCAGAGACACCCAGGGCAGAAACUCAACCCCUCUGCACCUGGCAGCAGGCUACAAUAACCUGGAAGUAGCUGAAUAUCUUCUAGAGCAUGGAGCCGAUGUUAAUGCCCAAGACAAAGGUGGUUUAAUUCCUCUUCACAAUGCAGCAUCCUAUGGGCAUGUGGACAUCGCAGCUUUAUUGAUAAAAUACAACACAUGUGUAAAUGCAACAGACAAGUGGGCAUUUACUCCUCUUCAUGAAGCAGCCCAAAAAGGCCGGACACAGCUUUGUGCCCUGCUCCUGGCACACGGUGCAGAUCCUACUAUGAAGAACCAAGAAGGCCAGACACCUUUAGAUCUGGCAACAGCUGAUGAUAUCAGAGCUUUGCUGAUAGACGCCAUGCCCCCAGAGGCCUUACCUACCUGUUUUAAACCUCAGGCUACUGUCGUGAGUGCCUCUCUGAUCUCACCAGCAUCCACCCCCUCCUGCCUGUCGGCUGCUAGCAGCAUAGACAACCUCACCGGCCCCUUAGCAGAACUGGCCGUAGGAGGAGCGUCCAACGCCGGGGAUGGCGCAGCGGGCGCAGAGAGGAAGGAAGGAGAAGUUACGGGUCUUGACAUGAAUAUUAGCCAAUUCCUGAAAAGUCUUGGUCUUGAGCACCUUCGGGAUAUCUUUGAAACAGAACAGAUCACACUCGAUGUGUUGGCUGAUAUGGGCCAUGAAGAGUUGAAAGAAAUAGGCAUCAACGCAUAUGGACACCGCCAUAAAUUAAUCAAGGGGGUAGAGAGACUCUUAGGUGGACAGCAAGGCACCAAUCCUUAUUUGACUUUUCACUGUGUUAAUCAGGGAACUAUUUUGCUGGAUCUUGCUCCAGAAGAUAAAGAAUAUCAGUCGGUAGAAGAAGAGAUGCAAAGUACGAUUCGAGAACACAGAGAUGGUGGUAAUGCCGGUGGCAUCUUCAACAGAUACAAUGUCAUUCGAAUUCAAAAAGUGGUCAACAAGAAGCUGAGAGAGCGGUUCUGCCACCGGCAGAAGGAGGUGUCUGAGGAGAACCACAGCCACCACAACGAGCGCAUGUUGUUCCACGGUUCUCCUUUCAUUAAUGCCAUUAUUCAUAAAGGGUUUGAUGAGCGACAUGCAUAUAUAGGAGGAAUGUUUGGUGCUGGGAUUUAUUUUGCUGAAAACUCUUCUAAAAGCAACCAGUAUGUUUACGGAAUUGGAGGAGGAACAGGCUGCCCCACGCACAAAGACCGGUCAUGUUACAUAUGUCACAGACAAAUGCUUUUCUGUAGAGUGACCCUUGGCAAGUCCUUUCUGCAGUUCAGCACCAUGAAAAUGGCUCACGCCCCGCCAGGCCAUCACUCCGUCAUUGGGAGGCCGAGUGUGAAUGGGCUGGCCUAUGCCGAAUACGUCAUCUACAGAGGAGAGCAGGCCUACCCAGAGUAUCUCAUCACGUACCAGAUCAUGAAGCCGGAAGCUCCUUCACAAACUGCAACAGCCGCAGAGCAGAAGACCUAGUGAAUGCUCAUUGGUAAAGGCCAGAUCGGAUUUAAACCUGGGACUGGAUGACCGUGGAUUGUUUCCAACAAAAUCAAUAUUCUAUAAAUCCCUGACAGCCUAGAAAUAAGCUGUUUGUCUUUUAUAAAGCAUUGCCAUAGUGAUGAAUGUGGUAUGAGUAACUGAUACAUACUCAACUGCUACUGUUCCCUUUGAGGAAACGUUUACAGGGGCGGCCUUUUAACAUAUCUCAGGCUCAUUUUCACUGUAGUUAUCCAUUGCUAAGACAGGAUUGCUUCGAUCCAGACUUGGAAAAAAAGAAAACAUAACCCAUACUUUCCCAGAUGUUCACAAUUCACACACUACAUUUGCGUUGCUAUUACGGCACGUGUGUAUAGUAAGUAUACACAUAUGACAGGCUCGUUUUUAGUUUUUUCUGAACAUUCAUCCUUCACUUUUUGUUGCUGUUGUUGUUGUUACUUUGAAAAUGAGCCCGAGCCUUCUUGAGGAUAUUUUGCACAAAGUCACACUGACUAAAAUCACUAGCGAUGUAACCCAAGCUUCUGGCUGAGCAAGGCUUCGUUUCCACUUUUUUUAUCUUCACUGAUUUGUUUUUGUAUCGUACGUCUUACCAAUGUGAACUGAGAUGGAAAGGGAAAACACCACAUUUCAAUUUCCUUUUAUUGAUUGGCCAGUCUUACAAGGGAAAGGCACAAACAUCAACUGAUUUAGGAGCUCCCAAGUUCAGAGCAGUCGAAGCCAGUGAGAGCCACUCGCACUUUGCAAUGCAGGCCUGCCUCCGAGGCUCUCAGGACGGUGCUGGAGGGCCGGGAAGAGCCCAGCCAGUGAGAGGCUUGAGCGAUGCUGUCGUGACAUUCAGAGGGGAGACUGCCAGGGAGGCCUGUGAAUCCAGGAGAAGCAGCAUUAAAAUGCAUGAGGGGCCUGAUGAUACAACAGCAGAAAAGGACCAUGAGGACUCCUCAAAGAAAACACUACUUCUCUUCACUUAACCCCGCACCACCAGAAUUGGUGCCCCCAAAAUUAGCUGCCUUAUUUCCAGAUUCAGUGGAAUUAUUGUACUUCAUUAGAGUCACAAAACUAUUACUUUAUUGUUUCUCUAGUUUAGAAAGCUGGGAUUCAGAUUCUGUUAAGUUGCUAGAUAUACACAAAUGCAAGAACUUUUUUGUUUACUCCAGAUUUGGGGUUUAUUUUGAGUGAGGUGCUGCAGAUAAUUUAUGUAGGUCCCUGCACUAAAUUUUUGAACCAUUUUCUCAAACUUCUUGAGAGACAAGAAGAACAAAAAUGGAAACCAAAGCUCUUACAGUUAUUUUUUAAAUGAAAGUGGAGAAAUAACGAUACUGUUUCUUCAUGAAAUCACUACUUUGUUUUGCUUUUUUUCAACAUGUCAAGUGCACAUUGAUACCUGUAAAAAAUUAUCCAGUAUAGUUCUCAUACUUGCCCUUUUCACUUAAACUGAAUAUUAAAUUGAGUGCAUUAACUUAUUUACUUUGACAUGCUGUGCAUCUACUCAGCUUUGAAGCAAAAGUAAUAUAAAUGUGAUGAAAAAUAGGAAAAACAGUGUGACACAAACUUGCCAUUUCAACUUAAAGUCCUGAAAACUAUUUUGCUUGUUUGUUUUCUAAUGCAGGCUGAUUAAGCUGUGACCUUAUUUAAUCUCCUGAGGAAAAAUAAAAUGGUUAUGUGCAAAGAUUCUAGAAUAGGCUCUUAAAAUACACAUUUUGCUUUCCUCUUGGCUUGAGUCCAGUGCUAGAACUAGGCCUUGGGAACUAGUUUUGAGUUUUAUAGCUGAAUCUUGCAUGGGUCCUCAAAAUUAAAUCAAGAAUUAGCCUCAGUUGUUGCUUCUAUUGAAGUUUUAGUGACCCAAGCUGGGUGUUUGUGUCUUGGCUACUUGUUUAAUAGCACUAGAAUUCCACAUGAAGCUCCCAAAUUUGAUAUUCAUUAAGAGGGCUUUUUUCCUCCCUUCCUUCUUUUUUGCUGUGUGUAACAGUGAGUUGAAGGAAUUGGCACCUGUGUAGUUUUCAGUAGCUGUGAACGUGUAUAUUACUUGCCUCCCCAAUUAGAUAUAGUUUAAAAUGGUAAACACAGCUGUGAUUUUUACUUAAGUAAAAGGGUUAACAUGGUAUAGAUCUCAAACGAUUUAUAGCUUCAUUAAAAAGAUAAGCCACUACCCGAUUGUGGUUUCACUUCAUUUCCAUCAUACUAACUAGAUUAAUGGAUGUGCCAGUUUUAAACUUCAGCCUUACACUUGAGAAGUUAAACUGUGGUUCAGUAUUUAAACUGCCAAUGUUACGUAUCUGAUGUUCUGUGUGCCGAGUAAAGGUACUGUGUAAGGAAGACAUUUGCUGUGCUUCUUGUCUUGUAAUGAUUCGAGUAUAUAGUGGUUCUUGGAAGAAUGUGUACAUAUUAUUAUUCGUUUACUGAAGAGAAUGAGUUCAUUGAUAUCUCACAGGAGCCAAAUACAUUUUUUCAAAACUUGAAAACCAAAGGUCAUCGCGAGUGUGUUCAAGUUAGCAAAAGUUGAUUGUGUUUCGAAUUUCCACCCAUAGCAGUGUGAAAAACCCUUUGGAACUUAAAAAACAUGGCAUUAGGUUUGGCUGAAAUGCAGUUAAUUUCUUGUAUACACGCUGUAUAGAAACACUAGCAAGCAAGGACUUCCAGUGUGGCCUCCCCUUAUUGGCCCUCUGUUUCCCAAACUGUAUAAAGGAGAGAAUCCAAACACCUCCACCAGCCCCACGGAAGGUCUCACAUCACAGGGCUUCUAGACCUGAUGGCCCAGGUUGCCAGCUAUUAGGAUCAGUUAGGUGCUCUGGACUGGACACUUUCUCCUUGUGCGUGGCUUUCUUCCCUUUUCCCCAGAGUGCUAGUCUGGGAUUAUAAUUAGCCCCAGCAAUUACCUUUGCCCCCACUCAUUUUCCUCCUUUUUCCUUCUUGAGUCUUGCACAUGCUGACCGUACCUCUGUUUCCACUUCCCAACUAGAAGCAUGUGUCAGGCCUCAUGUACUCUGCUCAGAAGAUUCUGCCACUUUGUCAACAGAUGACAGCAUGGAACCCAGAGUUGUAAUUCUAUGCAAAAUAAUAGCAGUACAACCAGGAUUCUUCCUUACCUUUUCCUUCCUGGAAUUUGGGGUUUCUAGCUUUUCACUAACAUAAGUAGAAUAAACAACAUUAGGAUGUUUUUGUGAAAAUAGUAUCCUUAUGCUCUUUAGAGCUUGAUGUUAGUGGCUACACUAAUUUCCCUUUGCUCUCAAAAUAGCAAAGUGCAUUGAUAUAUGCAGAGAAAUGCCUGAAUGUGGCAAAUGAAGUACUAUAGAUUAAUAUUCUAUUAUUAUAGCCUUUAUAUAAAAAAAUAAAAUUUUGGUGUAUGCUGGAAGACAGCAUUAGAAUGCAAUGUGUCUGUAUUUCUCUAUUUCAGUAAAUCUCCCAACUGCACAAAGGUUACUGGCCACUGCUCGCCCUCCCUUUUAAAACAUGUGCACCUUCUGGAUUUCUGUGAAUGUUCUCAAACAGAGAUGGUGUGUAUCUGGACACCUUUCCCCCAGUGUGUCCAGAUCCCAUUUGUAUGAUAAUCUGUGAUAAACAUAAGCCCUUUUUCUGUGUUUUCUGUUGGGCAGUUAUCUUGCAUAGAGUUAUAGAUUUUAGUCAUUUAGGCAACACUCAAAACUGACAUUAAGAUAGGGUUUCACGUGUCAGAAAUUUACUUAACUGCUGAAGUUAAACUUCUUUGUUGUCAAGUCAGUGACAGAGAAAUUAAAAGAAAGCAAUUGUGAAGAUAAUAUUUAAGCUUUGGCUGGACACAUCUAGCAUAUGAAAAGGAAAUGCAUAAAAAAAAAAAACACCUAAAAAGUGAGGCUUCUUCAGAUACUUUGUGCAUUAUGAAAUGAACAGACAAUAUUUCUUCUUAAGAAAGCCUUAACUAUGGCAGAAACUUUUUAACCGUUUAUAUCCUAAUAAAUACAAAGUUGUCAUCCCAUUUCUCAGUGUGUGAAAGGUGUCAGUGAGUUGGGUGUAUCUCCAUGUGUCUCACACCUGGUAAGAAUACUUGAUGAGGGUCUAUUUCAUAGGUAAUGCUCCCUUACGUGCAGAGGAGCUGAGAAAAUCAAUCCAUCUCAGUUUCUCUACAUCUGUACUUCCUCAGCUUCCAAAUCUUCUGGUUUAGAGAAAUGCUAGAGAUUUCAAAAGCCAUUACGUUUUGUGCAUGUGGGGCUUAACAGCAAACCAUAAGUGAUACCACGUAGAAUUUGUGUCGCACAAGCUGAUUUUUAAUCAUUUUAAAAUAUAAACCACGAUGGUAAGCAAAAAGCAGUAAGAAACUAAAGAUUUUAUAUACUCUCUAUAUGUUCACAACGUAACCAGUUUUAAACAUCUGCCAGAGGGUUGUUCCUCCUGUGGAAUAACAUUCGCACAGUAGAGAUGAUUGCAUUUUGACUCUUCGUUCUUUCACGUGUUCUUUUGCACUUUACACUUUCACAUUCCACACCCAGGCCACCAGCCAUCUUUUCAAACAGGUUUCUCACUCUCUUGAAUCCAGAGUGUUUGGUUAUUUUUCAUCCGUCGGCCCUUUCCUGCAGGCAGCACUUGAAGCCCCUUGUUGAUUCCUAACAUUUGUAGAGAAAUGCAGUUAAACCCUGGUACGGGGGUGUCCCUCCCACACUCCCAGGCCCCUCUCAAAGUUCAGGAUGAAAAGCUAGAAAACAACAGUCAAAAUUAGAAAAGAACCAAAAUUUAAGGCGAAUAGUCUAGGCUUAGAAGAUGACCUUGACUAUAAAACCAUUGUGUUCGUUACACAGAAUACUUAAACUCUUCAUGUUCAUAGAAUCCCUGCUUCUGCGUCCAUUGUUUUAAGCUCACCCUGUCCACGAGGUAGUAUUUGUCUCUGAUACCUACAAACUAAGAAGGUACUUUUAUCAACAGAGUUUCUCAAGAACAUUACAAAACCAGCUUUGAGGAAAUCUAGAGUGUUUCCUGGCAACAGCAUUUGGAGUAGUAACUGUAUUGUCUCAUGGUGAUGUUGGUCUGUGUACGUAACCAAUGUGGUGACUCUUCGGUGCAUUCUCAGUGUUGUUUUUUUAUUUGUAGUCUCUUUGUGACCCACCAGUGGCAGGGGGUUCCAAUCCCCUCUCCUUUCCUUUUUACAUUUGUCUGUUUGUUGAAUUGCCAGAUAAAAGACAAGACACCCAGUUAAAUUUGAAUUUCAAAUAAAUAAUCGUCUCACUUAAGUAUGGUCCAUGCAUUAUUUGGCAUAUGUUUACUGUAAAAAAAAAAAAUACUCAUCUGAAAUUCAAGCUUAACUGAACAUCCUGGGGUCGUUUGCUUUGUUCUGUUUGGUUUUACCGAAUCUGGCAACCCUGUCGAUUUGGUUGUGGAAAAUCGCCUACAGCAUGUCAGUUCUUCUAGACUUCACCAUCUUUCAUGUGGAAUGGUAGACCUUCUUUCCCUCACCCUCUGCUUUCCAAAAGAGGGCAUCAAGGAACUCAACCUGCCUGCAUAGUGGGUUUCUAUUUAAGACAUCUUUAUGAUUAUAUUUAACCUGCAAUUGUGCUUUGGCUAAAUGUCUAACUUACAGUACUUGUAAUUGUUUAAUAUUCAAUAAAAACAUUUUUAAAGUAUGCUGUAUGUGGGUGGCAGUUAGCUCUGAAGUGUUCUCAUUUCCCUGUUUGUUCCUUUCAACCUGACCAAC